GAGGCAUUCAGAGCACGCCGCCGCCUGCAACACACGAAGCCACGAUGAGUCCGAGCCGUCGAGUGUCCCUCGUCCUCUUCCUCUCCCUGCUAGCCGGGAGCCUCCUGCCAAGCCGAGCUGCGCCCCUGACCGGUGAACUGCGCUGCCAGUGUAUCGAGUUGUUUUCAGGCAGGAUCCCCAUAAAGCGCUUUGCCCGACUAAAUCUCUACCCUGCGGGACCUCACUGCGCCAACACAGAAGUCAUAGCCACCACCACAGAAGGGAGAGAGGUCUGUCUGAAUCCCGAAGCGCCUUGGGUCAAGGUGGCUAUCAAAAGGAUUCUGGAAAAGAAUCAAGAAAGAAAAUGAGUCAUGAAGGAAGCCACUAAACGGGGAUGAAGAGGGAAGAUACUGGUGAUCUCCAGGAAGGAAGAAAAUAACUGGGAGCCCAUAGAAGGAAGAGCUGGAAAGUGAAUCCUGCUUUUCCUGGCUUUGACCGCAGAGCCGCUGUUUGGAAUGCUUUCCACUAUUUAUUACUGAGCCUUGUUUUUAUGUAUUUAUUUUAUAUAUUUAUUCCUAACUAUAUUUAUUCCUAACUUUUGAAUGUCUGUGUCAGUUAAAGCACUUUGUGUAACGGAAGGAUGUGGAAUGUAGGUGACAGCGCUUAGAUGCUGUAUGGUUAAUUCCAGUAGGAAGCUGUCUUGCACAAGCCCUAAAGGAGCCAAUAGGAGCUGCCUCAGGGCACUAUAGUGAAGCUGUUGGUUGCUCCUGUGGAGCUUGCAUGGGAGGACGUCUUGCUAGAUGGUGCCCAACAAUGUUCCUUUACAAGUGGGUAAAGUGAAUCACCUGGGAGAGAAAUCCAGGAAAGUUGUCCUUGCUUGUUCCCCAGUGUGGGAGCCAAAGAGGUGGCUAUUCAGAAAGCAUUUGAGUUGCUGUAUAAUUUAUAAGUAUGAAAUAAUUACUUAAAAUUAUGUAAUAAUUUAUGGCUGGGAGUGUUCCUGUUUGUCACCAUGUAUGAUGAUUUAUGGGGCUUCUCUUGGUCUUAUUAUUUCAAGACUGUAUUGGUACUUUCUGUUUUUAUAAUAUGUUGAAGAUAUUGCAGUAAUUUUAAAAUGACUUGUUGGCUGGCCACUUUUUGGAUUUUGGAUCAUAAUAUGGGAUCAUAAUAUUUGAAUGAGAUGACUAUUACUAUAUAUAAUGGCUGUGGUCAUACCUAAAUCCAGACCUGGAGAAUGUAUUCCCUAUAUUAGGGUUCUGGAGCUAGAUGUAGAACACUGAAUGUCAUGCCCUUUUAUUCAGACCAGGGCAGACGAUUGUGACUGUAGCACUUAUACUAAGAUGGGCUUACUUGGCUGAUGUUGAUGCUGCCUGCCAGUGGGGCUGAUGUUGAGUUGGUUCCAGCCAUCUUCUUCACAAGUUGAGUUCCCAUCUUUACUACAUCCCACUUGGCUUUGUGUGGUCAAAGAGACAGUCUUCCAUUUUCCCCAGCAGAAAAGCUCAUUCUAUGCACUUAUUGCAUGUUAUGUUGAUGAGACGAGGGCAGCUCAGUGGGCUAGAUCCAUGUCUCAAGCCACAAGGUUCCCGGCUGAGGUCUUUCCUGAUGUUGAUUUGGUGUAUCAGUAGGUGAGCCUUUCAGUUUCAAACAGCACCAUCUUAGGCAGUGUUACAGCCAUCUAAGUUCCAUUGACCUUGACUUGGAUGGCCCAGGCUCACCCAAGCUCAUCAGAUCAUGGAAGCUAAGCAGGGUUAGC